AUGCUAGUGACCGCCGAACUUGUCGGAUCGGUUCGUGGCAAAAAAUAUCAAUUUGUGUCGCCAAGAUUCAAUUGUCUGCAGCCGGAGAGACGCGUGAAACAUAAGAAGCUAAUUUCCUCUGGGAUGAAGUUUGCGGCGGGAAAUCCCCGUCUGCCGAGUGUGCGUCGGGCGCCGCGCCCGCCAUUAGCAUCGUCCUAUUUUGUUUGCCAUCUCCUGAUCACAUCGCGGUUAAUCAAACAUCGUCUCGCGCCGUUCAUUAUGGUGUACGAUAUCUCAGAUUAUGAUACGAAUUCCCUUCCCCUUUUGGGGCGGGCGCGUGCCGGCGCGUCUUGGCUAUCAGAAGGGUUCGCUCGCGUGUGCAUAAUAAAGGGUCCGGUGCCCCGCAGUGGACGGCGACGAGGACGUCUCUGCCCACCCCUCGGACUUGUCAACACAAAUUUAGGGACGCGGAAUGUUUAA